AACAUAUUUGUAUAUUGUGGAGGGUUCUUAACCUGUGCUUGAUGGUGUGUGAAGGCUGAGGCCGGGUGAGGGGUCUUGGAAUUUCUUUUUUCUUUUUUUCCCCAGCACUAGGGUGAUACGUCACGUAGCACCACUUUGAAAGGUCAGAAAGUAUACGUAAACCGGAGAAUUUCCCUUGUACUUAUGAAGUGCUAACUUGUUAGUUUGUCAUUUUAGCUAUUUCCAGAAAGAGAAAACUGCGUUACUUUCAUAGUCUAGGGAUAUUCCUGCCUUUUAGUGUUCUGCUCUAAACUCUACUGUUUACACUCAUCUCUUUCCCUGAAGGCAAGGUUAGUAGGAUAGGAUUAAGUCGAGGCUGAGGAACAGAGGAGGAUUAAUAUUACCUGUCAGGCCCGCUGCUGUGAGGGUAUACAGCAGGGUAGUUCUGAGCUUCUUGGUAGCCAAAGCGUGCAGGGAAAUGAGAUUAGCUGCCAUGGAGGAGAAGAAGUCUAAGUUCCCAGGAGGGGGAGUAAAAACCAUGGAGAAGAUUGAACCUUCCUUCCUCAAAUGUUGAAGAACCUCGUCAGUGUCACAAAUACGAAAUUAUUCUCUUGACCUGGACAAAAAGGGAGAAUUCCAAGAGAAGCAGAAGUAUGGUGGCCUGAGUACAUCCUCCAUGAGUCUGUGGUGCAGGGACAUUGUCCUUCUGGCGGGGGGAGGGGGAGCUCUCCUGGACCACCCCCACCCCCAGCCCCUCUGCCUGGCCAGCUCUCGUCCGCCUGCAGCCUCACUCUGGAGCCAUCGGGAUUUGCAUUCAUCUGCCAGCAGCAGAUUGGAAAUAAUGGUGGCUUAAAAGAAAUACCAUGUUUAUUUCUCUCCGUGUGAAAGAAGCUGGACGCAGGAACUUAGAGCUGGUGUGUGUGCUCCGUAAAGUUGCACAGAACCCUUUUCUCUCUAUGCCACGCCAUCCUCCGCUCUGGCUUCUAGGCUCCAGAUCACCUCCUUGCCGAAGACGGCUGCUGGGGCUUCAGCCAUCGUGUUGACAUUCCAGGCCGUAGGGAAGUGGUUAGGGAGUAGGGCACCCUGCCUCGCACCUGAGUCUGUUCUCCCUAGGUGGCCUCCCCAGAAAUCCCACGUUACACUGCUGCCUGUCUUGCCUUGGUCCCGAGUGUUCUAAUAGGUACUCGAUCCUGGCGGCCAGCAGGCUAGAAGUGCGGUCUUUCUGCUGGGCAUGCUGUCACCUCACAUGAACUUGGAGAAGAGAGUGGGCAUGGGUGUUGGGCUGCAGCUAACUCUGCCAGCACACUCGGGCUCUGGACUUAGAACUGGACAAGUUACCCCCAAAGAGCCGUUGACAAAAAGGCAAUAAUACUGGAACCGGCCUUGCAGAGUUGUCAUGAGAUUGAGCCAGUGCAGGGAAGGAACAGCGCAGAGCCUGUUGAACCUUAGCCGGCCAAUCGAGGAGCAGGGCCCCCUGGACGUCAUCAUCCACAAACUGACCGAUGUCAUCCUCGAAGCCGACCAGAACGACAGCCAGUCCCUGGAGCUGGUGCACAGGUUCCAGGAAUACAUUGAUGCCCACCCUGAGACCAUUGUCCUGGACCCCCUUCCCGCCAUCAGAACCCUGCUUGACCGGUCCAAGUCCUAUGAGCUCAUCCGGAAGAUCGAGGCCUACAUGAAAGAUGACAGGAUCUGCUCACCACCCUUCAUGGAGCUCACGAGCCUGGGCGGAGACGACACCAUGCGGCUCCUGGAGGAGAAUGGCCUGGCCUUCCCGUUCAUUUGCAAAACCAGAGUGGCUCAUGGCACCAACUCUCACGAGAUGGCCAUCGUGUUCAACCAGGAGGGCCUGAGCGCCAUCCAGCCGCCCUGCGUGGUCCAGAAUUUCAUCAACCACAACGCCGUCCUGUACAAGGUGUUCGUGGUCGGCGAGUCCUAUACUGUGGUCCAGAGGCCCUCGCUGAAGAACUUCUCCGCGGGCACAUCAGACCGUGAGUCCAUCUUCUUCAACAGCCACAACGUGUCCAAGCCAGAAUCGUCAUCGGUGCUGACCGCGCUGGACAAGAUCGAGGGUGUCUUCGAGCGACCGAGUGACGAGGUCAUCCGGGAGCUGUCCCGGGCCCUGCGGCAGGCACUGGGCGUAUCGCUCUUCGGGAUCGACAUCAUCAUUAACAACCAGACGGGGCAGCACGCCGUCAUCGACAUCAACGCCUUCCCAGGCUACGAGGGCGUGAGCGAGUUCUUCACGGACCUCCUGAACCACAUCACCACCGUGCUGCAGGGCCAGAGCGCGGCCGCGGCAGGCACGGGGGACGCGGCCCCGCUGAGGCACAGCAGGCUCCUGGCGGAGCAGGCGGGCGGCCUGGCGGCCGAGCGGACGUGCAGCGCCAGCCCCGGCUGCUGCAGCAGCAUGAUGGGCCAGGAGCCGCCCUGGACGGCCGAGGCCGACGUGGGCGGCGUGGGCGCGGGCAGCACCUCCAAGCUGCCGCACCAGAGACUCGGCUGCACCGCCACCGUGUCGCCCAGCUUCCAGCAGCACUGCGUGGCCUCGCUGGCCACCAAGGCCUCCUCCCAGUAGCCACGCACGGGGCCCGGGACCCUGAGGGGCAGCGCGGGCUGCAGAACACACACACGCUGGGCGAGCAGCUCACGACGGUGACGCUACUACUAAGAAUUCCCAAGGAUCUGAUUCUCCUUCUCCUUCUUUUUUUUUUUUAAUUUUUAACCUGAUUCUCUGAUGUCAUGAUCUACAUGAGGGGUGGGGGUGGGGACGGAAGAGAACCCCAAGUGGUCCAGCCUCGCGGAAGAGGGACAAUCCCGCCUGAUUCCUGCUGUGCAGAUCUCUCCACUGAGUUUACACACGCUUGUGUUUUCAACACUAGGUCUGAAUGUGAGGUGGGGUGUGCAUGCGUGCGUGUGUGGGGGUGUGCGUGCGUGUGCGUGGUCGCCGUGCGUGUGUGAGUGCCCGAGCACGUCCACGUCUGUUCUUCUCAAUGGCUGCUGUGGCCCAGGCCUCGGGGACCCUGGAGCAGGCCAUCCCUGGUCAGGCUGUCGGCGGCUGAGCAGAGCCAGCAAACGGUUGCCCGUCUCUCUUCUCUCCAAGCCGCCACGCCAGGCCUGGCCCCGUUUCCCUUACCGCUGGCUUAAAGCCCCAUCCGGUGUGCAGCUGCCCCCUCCCGAAAGCAGGAGGAGCCAGGGGAAGCAGGAGGCCCCAGAUACCAUUUCCUUGCGGAUUCCACGCAGGGAGUCUGGGCUGUGGUCCACCUGCUGCCCGCUCACGAAAGCAGAGGAGGAGGAGGAGGCUUCCCUGGGAAGGCCACAGCCCUGGGCCGGCUGCCUUUCUCCACGUGCAGCUCCCUGGAGUCCACUAGGCCCGUCAGCACGUGUCCCACGCAACGGGGCCUCCUUCCCUGACCAAGCGCCACUGCUCCCUGGACCCGGGAGGAGCCUGCCUGGCUGGGAACCUCUGGGCUGAUCCUGCUUGUGCCAAGGAUUUGUGCUGUGACUUUGGGCCGAUCAUUCCAAGAGUCGCCGGGCAGUCAUGACCAGGGAACUCAAGGGCAGGCUUGACGCCCUGGCCCCUACAGUGCGGCCUGUGUCUCCGUGACGUCAACCCAGAUGAGCGUCUCCUUGGCAUCGAGGCGAUUUGGGGCUCUCCCCCCAGGCAGGAGGAGGCUGCGCGUUGCUCCACACCUGCCCAGAAGGCCUGAUCCACCCCUUUCAUGCUCGCUGCCAGCCCCAAGCACUGAGCCAGCCAGGUGCGAGGGGGCUUGCAGCCCCAGAGGCGAGAAAGCACAUUACCCGCUUCUCCUAUUAGAGUCACCCCAGCCCCUGAUGGCAGCAGAUCAGUCCAAUCCCGAGGUCCAGGCAGGCCGGCAGCCCCCUUUGCAGAGAAGGGGAUCAGUGAGGGGCUUUGUCAGUCCUCGGGCCGUGUGACCAUCCGGCGGGAUGCAUAGGACCCCCUGAGCAUAGCCUUGUGUCUUCUCUCAUCAGUCCCUCUUGAGGAAGAGGAACAGGCCUCUGGGCCGUCCUGCGUGGUCCAGGGAGGAUGGACUGAGAGCGGCCGCUGAGCUGGGCGCUCAGACACCUUCAGGCCUGGUCAGCAGGGACGUGGCGGUCGCCCACUUUGGGAAAGGAAGGGCUGGGGGGAGGGCGGCUGCCGUCAGAAGUGCCCAGCUGUCCUAGAAACCACGGGCCCUCCGACCACCGUGUUUACACGACUUGAGUGUUGAACCCUGAUUAUAAUGUCUGUACGUCGCCUUUCCUAGCCUAACCCCAAGCGCCGGGGGAGCAGGAAAGCGUGGCCGGCCUCUUGCACUGCUUUGUCUCCAAAAUAAACUACUGAAAUCAAACUGCA